UUAAAUUUACAGUCAAUUUAUGACUGGAAAAGGGCUAUUUUCAUAUUAUUCAAGAGAGCUAGUUAUUAACAAUGUUGCCUUUAGGAAGGAUCGACUCUUAUUUGUAAGGGACAGGGGACAGCCCACAAGUCUGUUCUUUUUACCCAAUUAAAUAUUGGAAAAAAUAAUCAAUCACAAGCCGAAUCUUCAGACACUUAUUUAAAUAAACGACCAGACCGAUAGAGUCCCAUUUUAAUGGGAUAUAUCUGCGUUACGUGGAUGGAUUAGAUGGACGAUUUGCAUUCCAGCAGGGGAUGUUGUCCAGAGGACUCCUGCUGUCAGAGUAUAGGAAGGAUUUGUAUAAAAUCAAGAAAAUUGUCUGAUUUUCAGUCAGAACUAUGGAACGUUUUGUUUGGUUCAAUUGUGUUUUACUGCUGUUGUAUACAAUCGAUGGAAGUGCCGUGUCUUUGAAUGAUUAUGAGCUAGUAGAAUUCCAUAAACCAUAUCACAAAAGGUACUAUCCUUCAUUCUAUUCAUGGGAGGGUGCUAACAUCAAGGACAAGGCAGAGCCUAUCGAAGAUGAAUACGUGAAAUAUUCAGAUCUCGACAGGAAGUCGUUCUCAUCAUGGCUGUUAAGAAUGAAUGAUGCUGGUAGAAUAUUUCCUAAUAGAAUCAAUAGAGAAUCAAAUGAAAAUGAACUGUCUUUUACUAAUGAACGAUGGCUGGACAUAGAUUUGGCUUCAAGAUCGCCCCCUUUUGCACCAAGAUUAGGGCGCAGAAAUGUGUCUCCUUUCAUUCCACGCUUGGGCAGAGACGACAAACUAAAAUUCAUCUAACACACAUAUUAUUAUUUUCUGAAUUGUGAAUUCUUCAUUAGAAAAAAUAAAAUAAUUUAUGUUUUCCGCGCUGUUGAAUAUACCUCAUAUCAAUAUAUCAUCCAUUAUAUCAUCAUCUGUUGAA